AUGGCGCGCCCCAGCGGCGUUGCUGCGGCGUGGCGCAGCGGCGUCCUGCGGGCCGCGCCGCGCGUCCUGGGGAGGAUGCAGGCGGGGGGCGCUCCAGCGGGGUGUUGUCGCAGCUGGCCGAAGGCGGGGCGGAGCGCCGCGAUGGUGCGCACGGAUGCGGUGAGACCGCCGGAGGGCGCCGGCAGUGGAGCUCGCAGACGGGGGAGAGGAAGAGCAGGCGGAGGCUGCGAGGCGGCGGUGCGGAUGGAUGCGAUUGUUGGCCGAAACAUCCAUGAUGGUGAAACUGAGGAGAAGAAUGGUGAGAAAGAGGAUGGUGAUGGAGAAAAGAAGCUCACAUCGCACAUGUUGUGCAAGACGCUCACAGCUUCUGAUACAAGCACUCAUGGGGGAUUCUCUGUUCCUCGGUGGGCUGCAGAGGACUGCUUUCCACCAUUGGAUUAUGAGCAGCUUAGGCCUUCCCAGGAGCUUAUUGCCAUGGAUUUGCAUGGCAUGAAAUGGAGGUUCCGUCAUAUCUAUAGAGGUCAACCUCGUAGGCAUCUUCUGACAACUGGAUGGAGUUCAUUUAUCAAUAAGAAGAAACUAGUUUCAGGGGACGCAGUCUUGUUUCUUAGAGGUAAUGAUGGUGAGCUAAGAUUGGGUGUGAGGAGAGCAGUUCAACUGAAAAAUGAAGCUCUACUUGAAGCUGUCAACUGUACUGAUCCGAAGCUACUUAUGCUGUCUGCUGUGGCCAGUUCUUUGGACAACAGAAGUAUAUUUCACAUCUGUUUCAACCCAAGGAUUGGUGCAUCAGAAUUUAUUGUGCCGUAUUGCAAGUUCUUGAAGAGCUUGAACUAUCCUUUUUCAAUUGGAACCAGGUUUAAAGUUGGCUGCGAGAAUGAAGAUGCUAACGAGAGGUCCUUUGGAUUGAUCUCAGGUAUUAGUGAAGUUGAUCCCAUACGCUGGCCUGGAUCAAAAUGGAAAUCUCUCCUGGUAAAGUGGGAUGGUGAUACUAAGUACAGCCACCAGAAUAGAGUAUCUCCAUGGGACAUCGAGAGAGUUGGCAGCUCUACUCACUAUGGAAAUGGUCGUCCAGACUCCAUGGAAACUGAACGUUUCCACCGGGUCUUGCAAGGUCAAGAAUUGGUGCACUCUAGGAUUCAUGGUGUUGCAUGCUCUCAUUCAUCAGAUAACCCCAGAUGUCAAGGCUCCUAUGGAAGGAGAUUCUCUGCCGAUGUGUGGAACUGCAAGAUGAAUGAUUCAAUGAGUGGGCCUCGACACCUAAAUGCUACUGGGUUUGCUUACCAGCCCCUAGGCUUCAGUGAAUGUGUCAAAUUCUCAGAGGUCUUGCAAGGUCAAGAAAUGUCUCAGGUGGUUCCUUCCUUCAUGAGAGCUGCUUUCAACGCUGGCACACAGAAUGGCAGGGUUCGAUCAUUUGAUUAUGUGCAGAGAUCAGCUGCAAGUCAACGAUAUGCUCUCCAGCAGUUUAAUAUGCCAGCAACAGAAGUGCAUUCGCCCUCUUCUGUUCUUAUGUUUAACCAAACCAUGGUACCACAGCCUGAGUUAGAUGGUGUGACCAACCGUGAAGAAGCAUAUGGCAGUGGGUACUCAUCCAUUGCAAUACAGAGAGAAGCUGCACCAUGGCCAUCCACGCAGCAGCAAAGAGUGAGUGAAAAUGGAAGCGAGCCGCUUGACACAACUGAAGCCUCAGCUCCUGCAAGGAUAGCUAAAUCUGGAUUGGUCGACAGGGGCGUCGGGCGAAGCAGCUGUAAGCUUUUUGGUUUCUCCUUGACUGAGAAGAUCCUUGGAACAGAGGGAGGUGGUGUGAAAGAAGGGAACUACGAAGCGGACCGGCAAACUCCCCGGGUGCUAGACUUGUUUGGCCACGGCCAUUCUACGCCCGGUGCUCUGCAUGCUCUUUGCGCUGCUCCCUUGGGAAUGUGA